UUAGAAUGAAGCUUCAAAUACAGAACAGCUCACAGACUGACCUUCUCAUCAUUUAUUCUUGAAAUUUUAGAGUUCAUUCAGUUUUAUGGUGGGGAGGUUUAUUUAACAAAGUGAAAAAAGAAAAAAACUGUUGAGAGGCCUCUCACCCCACCCGGACCAUUUCCAUUAAAGCAGCUGACUUCUUUGGUGAGCUAGCUGAGGAAAAGCAUGUUCAUAUACAGCCCCUCUGACCCCUCCCAGACCCACUUCCUCUAAAUCAGCUCCCUGCCUCGGAGAUCUGGUGCAGAAAAAAUCCCCACAGCAGCAGCAGAGAGAGCAGAGCAGCUCGAGGACAUUUUCUGCUUGGAGUUGAAGACAACUUACACGAGGAUGGAGGAUUUCGUUGGGGGUUUACUAUCUUUGGCAGGCACCGCGUUACAAUGGAUUUUCAGUGUCAGCUCGGUGGAGACACAGCACAGAGAGCUGAGCACCCUGGCUUUGAGGGAGACUGGACCUCUGUUGAAAGGACUCCAUUCCCUCAACACUCUGUCAGAGAUGCUCCUCAGUAUAAACUCUGACAUCGUUCUUCCUGGAUGUCAGACGUUUGAUGACAUCAGACAAGAGAUCGAGGAAAUGAAGCAGCACCUGGAAGAGUCAGAGCAGAUAGCUGUUAGAGAGCUGCAGCACCUCGAUGAGGAGACUGAGAGUCUGACUGCAGAGCAAAGUCAUUUAGAGAAUCAGAAAAAGAGGAGAGAAGGUGAACUAGAAGACUUGAAACUCCAGCUGGACUCUCACAGGUCUACUUUGAAGAAUUACAAUGAAGAUCUGAGGACUGAGCAAAACAACCUGAGGUCAGCAGAAGCGACUCUACGUAACAUGAGACGGAAAAGAGAUGAAGCAGAGAGAAUGAGAAACGUUGGAAUUGGCUUGAUGUUCAUUCCAGUUGUGGGAUGGAUUCCUGGGGCUGUCAUGGCUAUUGGUGGUCAAAUUGACAUGAACUCCGCCUCUGACCGGGUAGACAGAGCUCGCAGUGAAAUAGAGAGGUGUGAAUCUCAGAUAACAUCCUACUCUAAUCAAGUAUCUCGCUAUGAGGGAUUCGUCUCUCAAGCUCAGAAUGACAUCCAAGUGGCCAACAGGAGGAUUCAUGAAACGCAGCUCAAACUGCAAACCUUGUCUGUGACGAGAGCAUCUGUUGCAGACUUUCAGAGUAAAUCUAGAAGAGCUGUCCAUCAACUGGGGCUGCUGUGUGGAGUGGGGAGUGUGGCCGAGCUGCAGACCCGCCGUCUGAUCCUGCUGGAGCCUGUGAUGAACGUGAUGGAGGAAAUGAUGGAAGCUCUGGGACGUAUAACUGGGAAUGACCUGCUCUAUUCUGAAAACAUGCAAAGCAUAAUGUGGGACAUGAGAAACAACCAAAGGAUGCUAAAGAAUAAAAUAGCUCUGUGCAUAGAUAAUUCAGAUGAAGAUUAUUACUGAAAUAACCAGACAAGAUAUUUUUGGAACAAAUUCUGCUGAUUUGGUGGAUGAUGUUGGUCCACGCAGUAUUACAGAUGCUGAACUGCAUGAAAGAAUGAGUUAAAAUAACGAGUGUGUGAAAAUCUGCUGUAACCUACAGGAACAUAUUGACCUGUGUCAUAACCAACCAGGUUUCCAUUACUGAAUAUUGAAGAGAACUUUUGUUACCCCUCUUUUACUCCAUUAUACAAAUAACGUUUUAUAAUAUAAAUACACACAUGCUUUUUUAAAUUGUAUUUUUAUAUCUGUCUCUGACAAAUAAAGUGUAUCCCAGAUAAA